GAAAGGGAAGUUAGGUUGCAGCAGCCUAAUCCUGUAAAUUUAUUUCAUCAUCGCGUACCUGAUUGACGAUGUUCUUCAAGAAGAAGGCCUCAGUGAUACCUGCCAAAUCCAAGGUUCUCGUCCCCCUCUACAUUUACCCUUCCCCUGGUGCGUGGGGACGGUUACUUCAAAGCAUCUCUACGUAUCCGGGCCUCGAAUUCAUCGUCGUGGUUAAUCCUCACAAUGGCCCUGGACAAUUACUUGAUAGUAACUACCGAAGAGAGAUCCAAACAUUGAACUCAUACCCUAAUGUUACAGUUGUCGGUUAUGUCUCUACUGCAUAUGCAACCAGGCAAUAUUCCAGUGUUCUAGAAGAUGUGACAACUUACGCCACUUGGAGGCUCGAAGAUGCUGGGCUCGGCGUUCGAGGCAUAUUUUUCGAUGAAACUCCGAGCCAAUGGUCCGCGUCAAACGCUUCAUUUUUGGCAAAUAUUAACGCUGCAGUAAAAGGCAAUUCUGGUCUAGGAGCAGAGCCUCUUGUCAUUCACAAUCCAGGAACAAUUCCUCACAAGAAAUUGAUAUCUGGUCCAUGUUUACCAGAUAUCAAUGUGGUGUUUGAAGCAACUCACAAGACAUAUCGUGAAAACGCUUGCGAGAAAGCUCUCACGGAUCUCAAGAUGGACCCAGGGCGUUUGGCGUGCUUGAUGCACUCUGUACCGGAUUCUCUGAUGUCCACGCAUUCCGACGUUGUAUCCGAGACACAGAAGCUGAGAUCGAUUGUGGGGACAUUAUAUAUCACUAGUCAGGCAACAGAACUUUAUACCGAUUUGGGGGAGCAUUGGGAACAAUUCAUCCAUGCUGUUAGUCUCUAAGGAUCUAGAACAGGAAUCUCAUUUUAUCUACUUUUUUUUUGGGUGGAGCAUGGGACUGUGUUGGUGUCCAACUUUCAGGCUCAAUGUCAUGUUUUGACGUCGGAUUUCACGGAAGCAUUAGGAAGUAACAGCAAGUAUAUUGGAACCGGCAAUACGGGUUUUAGUCUCUUGGCAAGCUUAUUGUAAAAUUUCGGGUCUACUAGAAUGCUUUGUUUAAUGUGGUAUUUUUGGAGGCUAACUCCGGAGAAUAAUUUUCCGCCGAACAGGCGAUGAGACGGCAACCCCCUGAGCCCUCUGCAGGGUCGGAAUUAAUCAUCCUAAUAGAAUAAGCACGGCUUCUUCAACGAUGAUCGUGAAAUAUGGCACAGUAGGAUUGAAAAAUUGCGACCGGCCCUUCUACCCGAUUCAUGUUAUUGCAAGUUUCCACAAAACCUCGCAUCAUCGAUGUCAAUAAAGCGAAGCGAGGUUCA